UUAGGGUAGGAUAACUUUAAUAUCUCAUCCAUGUUGCGAAGCUUUGCAGUUUGAGUUAAAAAGCCCGCUUUUUGGAUGGCUUGUUUAGUAAUUGAUGAAAAAGUUGAACUGUGUCGUGAAUUGAUAUGUUUUGGAAGCCACAUGAAUAUAAUUUUCCAAGGUGUGGUAAAAUAAAGGAUGACCAUUGAUUUAGCUGUUGAGGUCAUAUGUUUUAAGACUGAUUUCAGCCUUAUAACAAAGUAUUACUGGACUGAAUGUCAUGUUGAAAAACACUUGAUUUGCCCAUGAGUUGUUAAGUUUUUGUUGUAUGAUAUGGUGUAAAUUAAGAAAUUUCCUGUGUGUAUGUCCACCAUUUAAAACUGUUGUCAGGGUAACUGAAAAGGUCAAUUUGAAAUUGCCAGAAAGCCGCUGAAAGAGGAGACUAUGGAGGUGAGAAAUAUGAGCAGCUAGAUGUUUCAAAAAAAAAAGUUGCUCGUUCCUAUCAGAUGCUCCGUGAUGCCUCAUGGAAGUGUACAGUUUCAAAAGAAACAGCAUGAGAAGCACCAUAAUACAGCUGAUGGCCGCAUUAGAAUAUGGCUUGGAAUAAGGCAAAUUAUGAAUUCUACUGAUCAUUUACUAACUGAAAUGAGGGACAUUGUAAAAGAACUAAAAACUGGAAUCCACAUGGGAAAGGAUAAAACAGCUGAGAAGGGAAGGAUAACAAUUUGCAUCUUUGAUGAUGUUGCGGAGCAGUGUCAUGAAGCAGCUCUGAAGCUGCUGUAUAUGGACUUGGCGUUUGUGCAGAAUUUGGUGGUUCUGUUUUUAAACCUCUUGUUUUAGAGGCUCUUUCAACGUUAAAUGUUGUGAUAAGGAACCCUAAUGCCUUGCAACCUGAAAACAUAAUGGCAUAUGAUAAUGCUGUUUCUGCUCUGGGAAAAAUAUGUCAGUUCCAUCGUGAGAGUAUAGGUUCAGCUCAG